AUGACCUCGCGGAGAGACGAGUCAGCGAGGUUGGCAGACGAAGAGGCGUACACUUCUCUCCUGGAAGUUUGCACAGAGCUAAUUAUUGCCGACGGCACCGAUGACCCACCCCUGAAGCAGCCCCUCGGGAUGCUGCACGAGCUUCUGCACUGCCAGCACCUCGGCGGCGACGCCACCGUGCUCUCCGUGCGUGCGGUUCGCAUUCUUCUUGAGAAGUUCGUUUCGGCCAUGUCCUCAAAGUCGCGCGCAAAGCUCGUGGAGUGCGUGCGCGCCGCAUUUGAGCGGGUCGCUCGCCUGAUCGAUGAGUCGCCAACAAGUGACGAUGACUUCGGGUUUGUUCACACCAAGCGAUGGGAGCUGCAGGAGGAGCUGCUUCAGUGCAUGUCUGCCGCAGCGCAGAGCGACACGGCGGUGCAGGCUGCUCUGCCACCGCUGCAAGAGCAGCUGAACUUCUGCAAGUCGGUGGUGGACGUAUCCCUGGAUAUGUGCCUGCAGGCGCUGCGGAUGUGCUGCGUGUUGCUGCGCAGUGCCCAGCUCUCUGCGCAGCCGCACUUGGUUGCCAUGAUUCGUGACUUGUUUCAGAGCAGGUUGACGGCGCUCGAGUGUAUGGAGAUGAAUCAGGAUUGGCUGCGCCUCCUUCGGCACCUUACAGAGCUCGCGGUGACGCUGAAGGCGUACGGGGCGAGGACAUCAGAGAUGACGGAAGAGAAGGCGACCACGGGCAAAAGGAAAAACCGCAAGCGCAAGCGCACCACGGCAUCGAAUCCGUCACCGGCGACGUGUGUAUCUGCUGCAGGAGUCGAUAGUGGGCGCGGCGACGGCACGGAUGAAGUGCUCGUUUUGCUACGCCUGUGCCAGAGAGUGUGCGCUACACCGCACCUAGACCGUGUUUUUCGCAGCACGGUGUUCAGCUGCGUCAAUGCCGUUCUUUCCGACGCUGCGCGCAUUGCCGGCGUGUCGGCGGCCACCUGCGUCAGCGUGGCGAUGGACCUUGCGCGUGAGUUGACGCGCAAUGUGCGCACCGCUCUGACGAUUGCAAACCCGUUUGUGAAUCGUGACGUCAUCUCCGGCACUAGCAGUGCUGCCGCGGCCAUCCCACUUGCGGGUGGGGACGAGGAAGACGACGAUGACGAGGAGCAAGGUGAGGACCUGCUGAGCAGCAGCGAGGGGGCGAAGUGGCACCUGCCGGAGGCGGAAUGGCCCCUGCUGGUGCUCAUUGCGAACAUCUUUGCUGCAAAGACGGUGCCGACACCGGAGCACAUGUGGUGGUCGGUCGGCGACGACGAGUACGCGCGGCGGUUCUCCAAGGAGGACCGCCUCCGUCUCACGAACGCGUUCUUCGCCGCCGAAGACGUGCUGGACUUGAAGAAGCGUGGGAGCCGCGUACACCUCUCCACCAUGCGCGAGUUUCUGUGGCCCGUCGACCUUGGCUGCAGGGUUCUCUUCCAGCCAGUUCCGUGCACGUAUGCUGUGGCGGGAGCCGUGCCCGCCACGCCGUCCCUUCAGUGCCCGCCGUCGCGCGCAGCCGAGCUGUCGGCUGCACUUUGUAAGUGCGACCUGAGCGCGCUCUUGGAGCAUCUCGGGGCCGUGUCGCACAACGGCGGCGACGUCGCCGCUUACGGGCAGUCUGUUCUGCUGCAGGUGCUGCUGGUUGCUGGGCCACACGCGAAGGAUGCCACGCGUGCCGCGCUGCUCAGCUUUCUGGCGGACGCUGCCACCCCUCUCAUCGAGCAAGUCUCGGAGGCGCUUGUGCGUCACGACAGGGCGUGGGCGGGCACGCUACUGGAUGUGGGUGUCACGGAGACGAUCCUGCGUCGAAGUACGUCGGUGACCCCCGAGCGGAGCCCGGUCGUGCAGAUGUUGCGGCGUGAAGCGGCCAGCCUGCCCUCGACACCACCGCUGCUGCCCCGCUGCGGGCUGCCGACGGUGGGACCGGUGGAGCUGCGGCGUGUUCUGCAGCAUGGCGGUCGCAGUGAUGUGGAAGCGCUGCUUGAGGUACUCACGCUCACCGAGGCGUGCGCGUGGGACACCGUCGCGUGCAGAGAGGCCGUGCACGCUCUGGCUGGGUCGGCCGCUCUAGGGAGGGACAGCACAGCCCAGCCAAAUGGCGGCGCACCUGCUGGAUGGGCCCGGCAGCUGGAGCAUCUGCUGACGGGUCUCGUGGUGAAGCGGCUGCAGGACAUGGCGCUACAGCUUCAGCAGCGGAGGACGCUGCAGCAGAUUGUGGAGCAAUCGGAGGUGGUGGAGGUGAUUGUGUGCGAUAAUGGUCGAUCUAGUCAGUUCACGUGUCCUUGCCAGCACCCGUUGCAUCACCACCACAGCUGCAACUGGAAGUGCGACGAAUGCGGUGCUGGUGGCCUCCAGGAUGCGUGGUCCUGCCGAGAAUGUGAUUACGAUCUCUGUGCCGCGUGUGCGAGGACGCGCUGUAACCGCGUGAACGGUGCGCUGACAGCAACGACGCAGGACCUUCUCACGGCGUGGCGCGCAGCAGCGGACAAGUCCACGGAGGCAUCCGCGCCGCUCACACGAGCUGUUCUCUUCACUGAGGAGAGGGGCCUUGUCUCAGCCGCCACGCCGCUUGCCUGUCUACACAGGCAGACGGUGCACCUUGGCGAAGUCUACACGGCGUGCCCGUGCGGGUUCGUCUCCCCUGGCCCUGUGAGGGCGCCAGAAGGGGCGGCAGCCACGGACACGUCUCUUCUUGGUACGCUGCUGUCUCUUUUCGGUCGCACUUGCGGCCAAGACGUCGGGAUGCAGCGGCGCUUGCUGAAGGCGUACGAGAGCGCUGGCCCCUUUGUUUUUCUCGGAGGCGCACGCGCCGUGCCAGCGGAGCUUCGGUGUCUCACGACGCACCUGGCACCGCAUUUGCCGCUUUCCGUGAAAAACCUCAUCACGCGCUACGUGGCGAUCGACUGCCGUCGUUUUGCCUUUCAAACACUUCAUGAUCAGGCAGCGACGGUGAUGUCCGCAAACACAGGCGUUUCCCCCGAGUCCCGAAAGCCGCACAAGACGCAAGUCCCGCGCAGUGAUAAGCCCGGACUGCUUCGAGUCUUGCACGACAGCUUCUGCGGCCUUUUCUCACCACUGGUGAAAAUUGACUUCACCUUUGAGGGCGAGGAGGGCUUUGGCAGCGGCCCAUCGCAGGAGGUGUACACGGAGCUCUCCGCCUACUUCCGCGCGGAGUUGAAGUUUUGGUUCGUGACGGAGGAUGACGGCGGAGCAGAUCCGGUGACGUUGGCGUUUCCGACGACCAAGGCCCUGUUUCUCAAGGAGUUCUUCGCCCUCGGUGCCGCCUGUGCCCGCGCCUUCAUCGAUGAUUAUCGCAUGGACAUGGACCUGCUGCCGCAGGUGUGGCCACUGCUGAUGCUCCCCUCCCUCGGGCUUCCCGUGGGUCAAAAGGCUGGAACGCGCACUGCACCCUGUGCAUCGACCCUGGCGGCACUGACGAACUUGUUGGAGGUGCUGGACCCGUCGCUGCACCGCAGCUUUGCCCAGCUACGGCGCGUUUCGGAGGCCGAGUUGGCGGCGGCGGGGCUCGAGAUGGACGACGGCACCCCCCUCAGAACCCAUGCAGACCUGGAGCAGCACUUGCAGCAUACGGUGGUCACCCGCUUCGAGGUGGCGCUGGAGAAUCUGCGCCACUUCCAAUGGGGUUUGCUUUCGGUGAUAGAGGUGGAGGCCCUGUGGUGCCUGAGCGACGAAGAGCGGAGCAUGCUCAUCUGCGGUUCCGACGCGAAGGGUGACGGCCCACUCUUUACCGAGGAGGAGCUGCGGGCGCAGACAACGGUGGGCAGUGGCUACAGCAGUGGCAGUGUUCACGUUGAAAUGCUACUUUCCAUUGUCGGCAGUGACUUCACGCGUGCGCAACAGCACGAUUUUCUGGAGUUCCUGACUGGGUCGCCGCGGCUGCCCUUCAACGGCUUGGCCGGUCUCGGCCGCCUCAUCACGGUGGCGAUGAAGGACAUGGAGAGCAAGAAGGAGCAGACGCUGCCGUCGUGCAACACGUGCUUUCUGUAUCUGAAGCUGCCGCCGUACACCACCCGUGAGAUUAUGAGGGAGCGUUUGCUGUUCGCCGUGACGGAGGGGCGUCGCAACUACAGUCUUUCGUAG